AUGGGUUUAUUAUCUACAAAGCAUUUUAAUGUUAUUGACAAAUAUUGUUGGCAGAAAGAAAGCAUUUUACAGGCCAGAAAGCCCAGCUAUGAACUCAAGAUCUCUGCUCAUUAUUGCAGUGUCAGGAGCCAAACUUCAAAAGGAAAAACUGUGGAGGAAGAAGCCUGGAUGGCUAGUGAAGUCAUGUCGAUUGUUGUGGAUGUCAAUGGAGUAUUAAAUACUAAUCAAGAUGAGAAUAUCUAUGAGAGAUUGAAGAAGGCAGCUCAAGAUGGGGAUAUUGAAAGACUCUACGAGUUGAUUGCAGAAGAUCCGAACAUUCUACUAGGACACUUUGAUAAAGUGGCUUUUUGUGAGACGCCACUACACAUUGCAGCUGAGAAAGGGCAAACUCAUUUUGCCAUGGAGUUAAUGACUCUUAAGCCAUCGCUUGCUCUGAAGCUUAACGCAUCCGGUUUCAGCCCAAUUCAUUUAGCUCUGCAAAGCAACCAUAGACGCAUGGUGAGAGGGUUUAUAACAAUUGACAGCAAUUUAGUCAGCAUCAAGGGAAGAGGAAGGAUUACUCCUUUGCAUCAUGUGGCUCGAAUAGCCGUGCACGUUGCUGUGAAGAACCACCAGAUUGAAGCAUUUAAGGUUCUAUUGGGAUGGCUCAAGAGAGAAAACAGGGAGGAAAUCUUGGACUGGAAGGAUGAAGAUGGUAACACAGCCUUCCAUAUUGCUGCAUCAGUUAAUCAAACUGAGAUCAUGAAGUUGCUGCGUAAAACUGUUAAAGUAAAAGCCAUGAACCUGGAUGGUAAGACGGCGAUGGACAUACUCCAAACUCACCAGUCUCCCAAAGCAAGCAGUGUUUUCCGAGGUGCUAAAGAAAGACUACUUUUUGGUUACCCAAUGACCCUCGCCGGAUAUUUGAGCACCAAACCAUCAUUUAUUGAGAGAAGGAACAAUCUCUUGGGGCUGAGCAAUCUGAACAGGACUAGACACAGGUCCCUACAUAGAAGCGACAGCCGCAGUGUGAUACUUGUGGUGGCUAUACUGAUAGUAACAGCUACAUACCAGGCUAAUCUUAGUCCUCCUGGCGGAUUUUGGCAGGACCAAUCAUCAAAUCCCCAAGAUGACGAUGUCGGACUCCCCAUGUGGAAUAUCCUCUACGGUUCGACGGCAGCUCUAGGGAUUGCUAAUUUCGGAUCUUUCAACGUUACAUUCCCAAAUACAGCUGACUUCUUCGGGCUUAUCACACAGAUCAUCUUCAUCUGGGGAUACCCAGUGAUUACAGGAGUCAUAGUUUGUGUUCCUUUCGUGGUAUUCUAUCUCAAUAAACGACGUCGGCGCCGAGUGGAUUUCCCGGCAAGGUACUUCACCUCACCUCAUGAGCUAUCGUGA